AUGAGUUUGAAGCAAAAUUUGGUGAUGAUAAUUGUUUGUACACUUUUGGGUGUAAGUGAAAGGAGCAUGGGGUUGAAGCAUAAUUAUGGAGAAGCAUUGUCAAAAAGCAUAUUGUUCUUUGAAGGGCAAAGGUCAGGGAAAUUACCACCAACACAAAGAAUGAGUUGGAGGAAAGAUUCUGCAUUUGAAGAUGGAUUUCAACUUGAUGAUGAUCGAUUCUUUGAUAAAGUUGACUUAGUUGGAGGUUACUAUGAUGCUGGUGACAACGUAAAAUUCAAUUUCCCAAUGGCAUUUUCAACAACAAUGUUAUCAUGGAGUGUAAUUGAGUUUGGAAAAUUCAUGGGUCCAGAAGAACUUAACAAUGCCCUAGAUGCUAUAGCUUGGGCCACAGAUUAUUUAUUAAAAUCCACAAAUACCCCUGGGUUUGUUUUUGCACAAGUUGGUGAUCCAUUUGGUGAUCAUAAUUGUUGGGAGAGACCUGAAGAUAUGGAUACUCCUAGAACUGCUUUUUUUGUUAGUAGUGACAAUCCUGGCUCUGAAGUUUCUGCUGAAAUUGCAGCUGCACUUGCUUCUUCUUCUAUUGCUUUUAGGAAAUUUGGUCAUAAUGUUGGGUAUUCUCAAAGGCUUCUCCAGAGGGCUAUAACGGUUUUUGAGUUUGCUGAUAAAUACAGAGGUUCAUAUAAUGAUAGUCUUGGUCCUUAUGUAUGCCCAUUCUAUUGUGAUUAUAGUGGCUACCAGGACGAAUUAGUGUGGGGAGCAGCAUGGUUACUGAGGGCUACUAAGAUCCCUAAUUAUUGGAAUUACAUUAAACAAAAUAUUCAUAAUGUGAAAAACUUUGGUGAAUUUGGAUGGGAUUCAAAGGAUGCUGGCAUCAACGUUCUUGUUUCUAAGCUUCUAGUUAAUAAUCCAGCUUCUAAGCCUUUUACUCUCAAUGCUGACAAGUUUAUAUGUGCUGUGUUACCCGAAUCACCCCUGGUUUCAGUCUCAUAUUCUCGAGGUGGGCUUUUAUUCAAGACUAGUGGGAGUAACUUGCAGCAUGCAACAUCAUACUCAUUUCUUUUAUUAGUUUAUGCUGGAUAUUUGAAUCAAGCAAAUAAAAAGAUUGAUUGUGGUGGUGGAGUUAUAGCUUCUUCAACGAGACUUAAAAAACUAGCAAAAAGCCAAGUAGAUUACAUACUAGGAAGCAAUCCAUUGAGUAUGUCAUACAUGGUUGGAUAUGGACAAAAAUUUCCUAAAAGAAUACAUCAUCGUGCAUCAUCAUUGCCUUCCAUAGAUCAACAUCCAAGACCAAUUAAUUGCAAAGGAGGAUCCUCUUAUUUUGAAAACCAAAAUCCUAACCCUAAUUUGCUUUUAGGGGCUGUUGUUGGAGGACCUAAUAUAAAUGAUGAGUAUGUGGAUUCUAGAGCUGAUUUUGUACACUCAGAACCUACAACAUACAUCAAUGCACCUCUUGUGGGUGUUUUGGCUUUUUUCAAAUCGCAUUCUUCAUAA